AUGAACAGUCCUGGACCUCCUUUAAAAUCUUUAGAUAUUAUUAUGUCAUCGGUGGUAUUUCAACCACUACUACAUGAUUCGAUUGGGUGGAAAAAUCCGAAUACAACCUAUACGGAUCAUUACAAAUGGAAACAAUAUCGUUUAACACUGAAAGAUAAAAAGGUUUCAUCAUAUGGACAAGAAUAUCAAAAGCAACAACAGCAGAAAAUUCAACAACAAUCGCAAAAUGCAUCAAAAUCUGAGCAUUUACAACCACAACCAAUAAUGACAAUAAAGCGUGUAGAAAAUCGACUAGAGAAAAGACCUGAUGAAAACGAUGUUAAAUCAGUCAAGGUCAAAAAUGACUUUACACUCAAUGAAGAUACCAAUGGUAGUGGAAAGCCAGUUUAUAUCGUAGAAUGGAAACGUCGACCAACGUCGACGUCUUAUCGACCAUUUUUCUCAUAUGUUCUAGAGCAACUACGUCCAAAAACUUCUAUUUUGAAGCAUACUACGGAAAAAGACGAAGUGACGGAAAAACCAGUGGUUAAACGAGCAACAAUCGAUCCGAAUGAUCCACAGCGUCAUUGGUUAACCUAUCCAAAUCCUCCUACGCCACAAUAUCUAAUCGAUAUUAAAAAACGGCUUGGUCAACUGAGAGGGGAUCCACCGAAGCCUCCCGCUAGUGAACGUCCAUUAUCAGCGUCAAAUCACAUGCAAGUGAAUGAAGCAAAUCAACAACAACGUCCAUCAUCUGCUUCCCAACCGGUUGAGCGUCAUUUUUUGACUUACAUUCCCAGCGAAACACCAUUAGAACUUCGUACUGCUCGUUAUCGUCUCAGGAAAGAACGUUAUAAUCCAUCAUUGGAUAAUUUUCCGACACCCGAGGUCAAAGAAGCAUUUACUCGUGAACUGCGACCCCACACUGCACCAGUUAGUUUACAACGACAAAGACAAGAAGAGUUAGAAAAGAAGAAGAUAGAUGACGAAAAUAAUAACAAUAACAAUAGUCAGGUAUGGACAAAUGAAUCAUCAUCCAACUCAUCUAUCUUACAACAGCAAGAAAAUGGUGAUCAGAAUAAUGAUACAGUUUACGUUCAAAUUGUGAACUGUGACGGACUACCAAAUGAAUAUGUCGACGCAUUGGAAACAGCAUCCAUUGCAGUAGAACAAUACGAGAUGGAUAAACGCCAAUUGCGUACAGGUCAUCGUGAAUCCCAACAGAAACAACGCCCGCAAUCUAAUCUGGAUGAAUGGAAUUAUAACGACAGAUCAAUGAGACGACCGAUGACGAGUUUGAAUGCUGCAGCUGAUAGAACGGAGAACCCAUCCAAUCGUGCGUCAUCAGCAAAUGUCAAUUAUCGAUCAACUAGAGAAACAAUAACACCGUUACCAAAUAAUGGUCAGUCUGAUCCUUUAAGAAAUAUGAUACGUUCACAAAGUAGAGGUUCUGAGUUUGGUACGUGGGUGCGCAAUGCUACAGAUAAAGAAGAGCUCUAUCACAUGGCAGGUCGUACACGAACAUCUCACCAAUUUCCUUGCGAAAUUUGCGAAAAAUUACUUAUAAAGCGACACGUUUGGGAUUUAAGUCGGUCUACUCAAUCAACCUUUUGUCCUCAUCAUAAAUAUCAAGAUGAUACAUCAAAAUCUAACUACAGUACGUCAAAAAAAGAGUUUGAUAUAAAUGAUUAUGCGCGAGAUAAUAAUACGACAUUUUUCUAUAAUACUUCUUUGAUACACAACACGAAUGAAAUAGACGCUGUUAUACUUGCAACAUUUUGCAUAAGUGAUCACCCCGAAUAUGUUUAG